UACAUAUUACACCUAUUGUCCUUUACUCGCAGCAAACUAUAAUAUCAAUGUUAAACAUCACAUGGCCACCACUCAACUUGUCAAAAUAGAAAUUGGUAGUUGGAGAAUUCAAACCAUAGCUCUUCAUACUUCAGUGCUGUUCAUAUAUUCAGUGCUUGGUGCUUGUGAUUCUAAUGGACCUGCUUUAUGA